CAACGAGCAAAGCACAGACAAGAUAGAAGAGAGAGAGAGAGAUUGGAAUCUGAAACUGACCAUCGAGAUUUACGUUUCUCCGUUUUCGUCACGCCGAAGCUUCACUUAAACCAGAAAAAACCCCAAAGUUUUUAGCAAAACUUAACACUCUCUCUUCUGAAUGUUUAUCACUGAAUCUGUGUUAAUGGAGAUUCCAGAUUCUCUACUCUUUUCUGCUUUCACCUUUCGAUUAAGCUUCAGCUUCACGAAAUGCCGUUGUUAUUAAAAGUGAUACUCUUCUCCACUCACUAUAUCUUCUUCUCUUUGCCAUUAUAUUCGAUCAGCUUAAGACUCUCCACUGAACCCAACUCAAAGUUGUGAAUGAGAAAACUUUGAUGUGAGUGAAGUGAACCUAAAGAGUAUAUUCAAAAAAGACUGUUUUGAUGAUGAUGAGGAGUGUAGCAGCCUUCAUUUUCCUUUUGAUCUCCCCAUUUGUUUCAUCUUCCGACAUAGACUCAGACCAGCAAGCACUUCUCGAGUUCGCAUCUCUUGUUCCUCACGUACGCAAACUCAACUGGAACACCACAAACCCAAUCUGCACUUCUUGGACAGGCAUCACCUGCUCCAAGAACAAUGACCGUGUAACCGCGCUGCGUCUCCCUGGCUCUGGACUCUAUGGUCCUUUACCUGAGAAGACAUUUGAGAAGCUUGAUGCUCUAAGGAUCAUUAGCCUCCGUUCCAACAGCCUUCAAGGGAACAUUCCAUCUGCUAUCCUCUCUCUUCCUUUCAUCAGAUCACUCUACUUUCAUGACAAUAAUUUCUCUGGUCCUAUCCCUCCUGCUCUCUCUCAACGUCUUGUUAAUCUUGAUCUCUCUGCCAACGCGUUGUCUGGUAACAUCCCUGUGACUCUAAGGAACUUGACUCAGCUUACUGAUCUUAGCUUGCAGAAUAAUUCUCUCACUGGACCUAUCCCUGACCUCCCACCUAGCUUAAAGUACUUGAAUGUAAGCUAUAAUAACCUUAAUGGUUCAGUUCCUUCUUCUGUCAAGUCCUUCCCAGCAUCAGCGUUUCAAGGGAAUAGCCUUUUAUGUGGUGGUCCUUUAACUCCAUGUCCAGAGAACACUACAUCACCAUCACCAUCUCCAUCUCCUUCCCCAACUUCGCCUGGUACAACCGAAAGUCCUGAUACAAGCAAAAGAGUUCUCUCUACUGCUGCUAUUGUUGGCAUUGCAGUUGGAGGUUCGGUUCUGUUGUUUAUCCUUCUCGCCAUCCUUACUCUCUGCUGCGCCAAGAAGAAAGAUAACGGGCAAGAGAGCACCAGCACCAGCACCGCGGCGCCGAAAGCUAAACCAGGGAGGGGUGACAACAAGGCAGAGGAGUUUGGGAGUGGUGUGCAGGAGGCGGAGAAGAACAAGCUUGUCUUCUUUGAAGGAAGCUCAUACAACUUUGAUCUUGAGGACUUGCUCAGAGCCUCUGCUGAAGUUUUGGGAAAAGGAAGUUAUGGGACAACGUAUAAGGCUAUCUUAGAGGAAGGAACCACGGUGGUGGUGAAGAGGCUGAAAGAAGUAGCAGCUGGUAAAAGAGAGUUUGAGCAGCAGAUGGAAGCUGUGGGUAGGAUCAGUCCACACGCUAAUGUUGCUCCUCUCCGUGCUUAUUACUUUUCUAAAGACGAGAAACUGCUUGUGUAUGAUUACUACCAAGGAGGCAACUUCUCCAUGCUUCUUCAUGGAAACAGUGAGGGAGGAAGAGCUGCGUUGGAUUGGGAAUCAAGGGUAAAGAUCUGUUUAGGAGCUGCAAAAGGAAUAGCUCACAUACAUUCUUCAUCUGGUGCUAAACUUCUCCACGGAAACAUCAAAUCACCAAACGUCCUCUUAACACAAGACCUCAAUGCAUGUGUCUCGGACUUCGGUAUAGCUCCAUUGAUGAGCCACCACACCUUACUCCCAUCAAGAAGCUUAGGAUAUAGAGCACCUGAAGCCAUAGAGACCCGGAAACACACUCAAAAAUCCGACGUGUACAGCUUUGGUGUACUGUUACUAGAAAUGCUGACAGGGAAAGCAGCAGGGAAGACAACAGGGCAUGAGGAAGUGGUGGAUUUGCCCAAAUGGGUUCAGUCAGUGGUGAGAGAGGAGUGGACUGGUGAAGUGUUUGACGUUGAGCUUAUAAAGCAGCAGCACAAUGUUGAGGAAGAGAUGGUGCAGAUGUUGCAAAUAGCAAUGGCUUGUGUGUCAAAGCCUCCAGAUUCUAGGCCUUCCAUGGAGGAAGUUGUUAACAUGAUGGAGGAUGUUAGGCCUUCUAAUGGUUCUGGUCCUGGUUCUGGCAACAGAGCUUCUUCGCCUGAGAUGAUCAGAAGCUCUGAUAGCCCGGUUUAGAUUUUGGUUAUUUUUCUUUCUGAAAUCAUUAUUUAUUUCGCUUUUUUUACUUAUUGGGAAUAAACCUUUUCGUAGCUGACCAAUUCGGCAUGUGGUUUCUUCUAAUCAUUAUCUGGAAAAGUAGUGUAAUUGAAACUUUCUAUCCUUAGAAUUUCUUUUUUGUUAUUGUGUGUGUGUGGUUAAUAUAUGUUCC